AUGACUAGCGAGAAUAGUAAGGAGAUAGAGGAGCACAGCUUUGAGGCCAGAUCCUCUGAUGAGGCAACUCUCAGUGCUCAGUACAGGGUCCUGGGGAAGCUCGGGCAGGGUAGGUAUGGCCAGGUGAGACUGGCCUACCACCGCCUGACCGGAACUGACGUGGUGGUGAAAGAACUUAAGAGGGGAAUGUACAACUUCCUGAUUGCGUCUGAAGUGGCCCUGAUGAGGGUGCUGGAGCAUCCGCACGUGGUCCGGCUGUUCCAAGUUAUAGAGGCAGGCCAGCACAUCUACCUGGUGAUGGAGCGUGCUAGCGGAGGGACGCUGUGGCGCAUCCUCCUCUCAGGCCACCUGAAGGAGAAGAAGGCCAGAAGGAUGUUCCAGCAGCUGGUGUGGGCCGUGGGCUACUGUCACUCGAGGGGCAUAGCUCACAGGGAUCUCAAGCCUGACAACAUCCUCCUGGACGAGGCGGACAACGUGAAGCUGGCCGACUUUGGCCUGGCCACCUGGUUCAUGCCCGGCCAGAAGCUGGAGCAGGUGUGCGGCGCUUUAGCAUUUAGGGCCCCAGAGAUUUAUCUGGGCCGAAAAUACGAGGGCCCCCAAGUAGAUGUGUGGAGCCUGGGAAUCAUCCUCUACUUCAUGCUCGCGGGGGCACUCCCCUUUAAGGGCACCACCUUUGGGCAGCUGAAGAUGAAGGUCCUGAAGGGGAGGUAUGCCCUCCCCUACCACCUUUCAGCUUCAGGGGGGAAUCUCAUCCACUGCUUGCUGAGCCACGACCCCGCGCGAAGGCCCACGGUGGAAGAUGUCCUGCUCCACCCCUGGCUCAGCAACACGAAAGAAUGCCCCCCACGGACUCAUUCCAGCCACAUGCUCCCCAACCACCUGGACCCCAGCACCCUGCUAGUCAUGACAGACAUGGGUUUUGACCCUUGCCAGCUACGAGACGCAGUCCUUCACAGGCAAUUUAACCAGGCCGCCUGUACUUACCUCAUGCUCCAGCGCCAGAAAUGCCAGGGACUUGGUGGCACCCUCCGACUGAAGCCGGUACCCUGGAGGCCUGCGUCCUACCCUUCCCCAGCACAUCUUUCCACCUUCUCUCCUGCCCUAAAGAAGAGUGCCAGUGCACCUACCCUCCGCCUCAUCACCGCAGUGCCCCCUGGGUACCAGUCAGAGGAGAACUCCUGGUCAUGCAGGGAGAGCCUCUAA